CAUAUGGCAACUCUGCAAACAUCUGUUGUGAAUAAUUGACUGCUGUCAUAUUUGACGUUUUAGUUUAGUACUGUUUUUAAGACGUUGUGUAACCUUUUUGGCAUUAAAAUUUUAAAUAUGUCUACGGUAGGCCCCCGGGGAAUACAAAGUUUAUUCAAACGUGCAUGGAACGAGAUUCCUGAUGUCGUAGGCGGUACAGUGCACGCACUUAUUGGAUUAGCUCUGACUGGUAUAGGAUUGGCAAAAUAUUAUGGAGGCGAUGGCGAUAAUCGUAAAUACAAAAUGGCCUAUGUUGUAAUGCGUCCUGAUGAUCCACGUGCAGCAAAAGUGCAUAAAGAUUAGUACAUAGAAAAUGAAUAAACGAAUUCAAAAAAAAAACCGAUAAUAUAAGUACAUGUAUCAUAUAUUAAAAUAAAUACUAAAUUUAAUAUUUAUUGUAUGUACAACAUA